UGUGUCUGCGCAAGUGAAGGGACAAAAAUUGCUGCUGAGGGAAAAUGGCUACAACUAUCGUACCGCUAAAAGAAUAAGGAAAGCGGAAAAUCUGGCAUCAUUUCCUCUUUUCCACUGUACGUCUGUCCUCCUCAAUUCUGCACCUCGCGUCUCACAGGUGUUUGAAUCUGGUCCUCCUGUACAGCCUCUUGACAACCACCACAGACCUUCAAGCUCCAGGUACAUGGCUUCCUCAAGCUGACACCAUGGCCCAGAUAUCCAGUGGUAAUGGGAUUAAGCUGGAUGUACCCCAACCAAAGGGGGUUGUGGAUAAGGAGGAAGCCCUUCGCAUGGAGACGGAGGCCUUAGCAAGACUGCAACGGGAGAAGAGACACACACUACCAGCAGCAACAUCUUCUUCCUCUUCGGCAUCCACCAAACCCUUGUCGUCCACUAAAUCUCUUUCCGCUGCUGCUGCUCCCAGACCCACUCCUCCCAGCAGCAGACCAGAGAAGGACCUCAUCUUCUUCCCAGAGUCAGAGUUUAAAAAGAGGGCAGAGAAGGACAAGUUCCAUGACAUUGAUGUGAACAAACUGACCAAUGAGGAGCUGGAGAAGCUCCUUCUGGACGACACCUUUGGGGCCAACAGCAAGGCAUCCCGCCCCUCCUCAUUGCUCGGCUUCAACCUCAGCGCUUCCUUUCCGGGGGGGCACGUCUGUAACCCCUCUCCCUUCCAGAGCAGCCAGUGGACACCCGUGCUUUCCACACCUUCCAGCUCCAAUGUGUCCUCUCCGUCCCACCCACAAGGUCCCAUCUUCCCCUCUGCUCCUUUCCCCAAGCCUUCUUGCUCCUUCCAGAAUGGCUUCUCCCCGGCAAUGCCUCCCUUCAUCAACAUCAGUGUCCAGCAGUCCUCCUUCAUGGGCUUUGCUCCCCUCCAGGCGGCAGCGCCCUUGGUCUUCCAGCAGCCCACGGUCACACCAGAGAUGGCCAAACUCUUUGACAAGAUCGCCAGCACUUCGGAAUACUUGAAGAACGGGAGGUCGGCCAGCACAGACCUGGAUUCGGCGCCCGCCAACACUGUUUCCCUCGCACCCAACCCGCCCCAGCCACCUGCCGAUCCACCGAGCUCCAACCGAUUUGAGUGGCUGGAUCUUGACCCCCUCAACAAGCGCAAGGCCGAGAGUGAGGAUACUCUCCAGGCCUCCGGGGGUGCAGUGACAAGAGUGGGAGGGCCCGCUAGUGACCCCUGGGACGCGGUGCUGCUCGAAGAGCCUGAGAAUGUGGGUAACAGCAGCCCCUCCACUGAGGUGAAAGGGCAGCUCAUGGCACGCGCUCAGCCUCGGAGGGCAUCGACAGGGGCCGCCGUCACCAGGAGCCACUCGCUCAACAUCCCAGGGACGUCCUCCCAGCACAAGCCAAACAAUCAGCACAAUAAGGGAAGUGACAAAGUACUCACCAAGUGCACCGCCCUGGAAGAAAAGGAAGCCCAAAACCUUGAAGUUGUAGCCUUCUGUGAAGACGUAGCAAUACUUAGGGCCAGGUUCCCUCAUGACGACCCUGUGACAAACCCAGGGUAUGUGCUGAGUGCCGUCAUCCCCCAGAGAGAUGGGGGCGGAGACAACGGCUGCAGCGUCAAGGUCUGCAUCGAGAUCUCUGACUCCCAGGAGCCUGUCACCUUCACCUGCGACGUGAGUUCUCCGGUGGAGCUGCUCAUCAUGCAGGCCCUGUGUUGGGUCCACGAUGACCUCAGCCAGGUGGACAUGAGCACCUACGUUCUCAAGGUCUGUGGCCAGGAGGAGGCGAUGCAAAAUAAGCACAGCCUGGGCAGUCACGAGUACGUCCAGAACUGCAGAAAGUGGGAGACUGAGAUCAAACUGCAGCUGCUGUCCCGGAGCACCAUGAGAAGGGACCUGGCACGCACGGCGGAAGACGACUGCUCGGCUGUGGACCUGGAGAAGUACCUGGGUCAGGUGGAGAGGCCCUUUAAGGAGAACGUCACCAGACAAGGUCUGUCUGACUAUCUGGAAGGCUAUCACAAUCAAGUUAACAUCUGUCUGCAGAACGAGAGUACUCAGUAUAAGACAGUGGAGAGGGUGGUGCAGACGGUAAAGAACCUGUGCUGUGCCCUGGACGAGGUGGAGACUCAGGCCAUCACCGAGGCCGCCAAGAGAGUCAAGCGCUCGGUCAACCUCCCCAGGACUCGCUCUCCUGAGACUGGCUCCACAAGCGGCUCCGCAAAUGGUCACGUCAGUCCCAUAGAAGAGAGCAUGGCCAUGCUGACCGAGGCCGUCUACGACGUCUCCAAUCUCUACCUGCGCUCCUUCUGCCCUCCCUCCUCCUCCAUGAGCUCCUCCUCCACCCAGAACACUGAGGGAAAGGAGCAAGCAGAAGAGCGGAGCAGUAAAGAGGCGUCGGGAACCACGGACCACCUGCAGUUCACGCUGUUCGCCAUGCAUGGCAUACCCACCAACUGGGUCAGCAGCUAUGAGAAGUACUACCUGAUGUGUGCCCUCACACACAACGGCAGGAACCUGUUCAAACCAGUCCAAUCCAAGAAAGUUGGCACCUACAAAAGUUUCUUCUACCACAUCAAAUGGGAUGAACUGAUCAACUUCCCCAUUGCCGUGGCCUUGCUACCCUUGGAGUCCAUGCUGAGUCUCUCCCUGUUUGGGGUCCUCAACCAGAAUGCCGGCAGCUCCCCCGACUCCAACAAGCAGCGCAAGGGUCCAGAGCUGCUGGCCAGAGUCUCCAUGCCUCUGUUUGAUUUCAGACGUGUGCUGGCGAGGGGAACUAAGCUGCUGUGUCUGUGGACGUCUCCAGAGAGCUCCUCUGCAGCCAGCACCGGCAGGAGGAAGAACCUGGCUGAGAGGAUCAUACUGCAGGUGGACUUCCCUAGCCCGGUGGUGGAUGUGCUGUACGUGGGGCCUCCAGAGACCCCCUGUCCAGACCUGGACACCCUGGAGGAGUUGGACCCUGACCUGCGUCGCAAAAUUGAAAAGCUCUGCAGCCGAGCCUCGACCUUUGGGUUGACACGAGCGGACCGCCAGCUCCUGUGGGACCAGCGGCUCCACUGUGGGAAGUACAUAUCCAGUCUGCCCAAGGUGCUGGCUAGCGCCCCCAGCUGGGACUGGGGCAGCAUGACAGAGAUCCACGCUCUCCUGCACCACUGGCCUCCCCUGACCCCAGUCUCUGCUCUGGAGCUGCUUGACUCCAAGUUUGCCGACACUGAGGUGCGGAGAGUAGCAGUCAGUUGGAUUGAGUCCAGCAGUGAUGAUGAACUAGCCGACUACCUCCCUCAGUUAGUGCAGGCAUUGAAGUUUGAGUGUCACCUGAACAACGCCCUGGUGAUGUUCCUGCUGUCCCGGGCCCAAGGCAACAUCAACAUAGCCCACUAUCUCUACUGGCUGCUGAGGGACGCAGUGCAAGACCCUGCCUUCGGCCGGCGCUACGACCAGGUGCUCGGGGCGCUGCUGAACCUGUGCGGGGCGGGGCUCAGGGAGGAGCUGAACAAGCAGACCAGCCUGGUCACCUUGUUAGGGGCGCUGGCCGAGAAGGUCCGGCAGGCUGGGGGGUCGGCGCGACAGGUGGUGCUCCAGGAGGGUCUGGAGAGGGUCCAGUCGUUCUUCCAGAGGAACAGUUGCAGACUGCCCCUCAGCCCCAGCCUGGUGGCCAAAGAGCUCAACAUGAAGUCCUGCUCCUUCUUCAACUCCAACGCCGUGCCCCUGAGGUUGGCACUGGUGAACGCUGACCCCCUGGGAGAGGAGAUCAACGUCAUGUUCAAGGUGGGAGAAGACCUGAGACAAGACAUGCUGGCCCUGCAGAUGAUAAAGAUCAUGGACCGUAUCUGGCUACAGGAAGGACUGGACCUCCGCAUUGUCAACUUCAAAUGCAUCUCCACUGGCAAAGACAAAGGUAUGGUGGAGCUGGUGCCGUCUUCAGACACGCUUAGAAAGAUUCAGGUGGAGUACGGCGUGACGGGCUCCUUCAAAGACAAGCCUCUGGCCGAGUGGCUCCGCAAGUACAACCCUGCUGAGGACGAGUAUGAAAAGGCGUCCGAGAACUUCAUCUACUCUUGCGCAGGCUGCUGCGUGGCCACCUAUGUGCUGGGCAUCUGCGACCGCCACAACGACAACAUCAUGCUGCGAUCCACCGGCCACAUGUUCCACAUCGACUUUGGCAAGUUCCUAGGACACGCCCAGAUGUUCGGCAGUUUCAAGAGGGAUCGCGCUCCUUUCGUGCUGACCUCCGACAUGGCCUACGUCAUUAACGGGGGGGAGAGGCCUACCAGCCGCUUCCAGCUGUUCAUAGACUUGUGCUCCCAGGCCUACAAUCUUAUCAGGAAACACUCGGGCCUCUUCCUCAACCUCCUCUCUCUGAUGACACAGUCAGGCCUACCAGAGCUGACAGGCUCUCAGGACCUCAAGUACGUGUAUGACGCUCUUCAGCCACAGACCACAGAUGCCGAAGCCACGAUCUUCUUCACAAGGUUGAUAGAGUCCAGUUUGGGCAGCAUGGCCACAAAGUUCAACUUCUUCAUCCACAACCUGGCCCAGCUGCGUUUUUCUGGCCUGCCGUCCAAUGACGAGCCCAUACUAUCCUUCUCGCCCAAGACCUACACGCUCAAGCAGGAAGGGCGCAUCCGUGACGCCUGCAUCUUCUCCUUUCAGAAGAGAUACAACCCUGACAAGCAUUACACCUAUGUGGUGAGGAUCCUGAGGGAGAGCCAGGGUGAGCCCCAGUUUGUCUUCCGCACUUUCGACGAGUUCCAGGAGCUCCACAACAAGCUGUCCAUCCUCUUCCCUCUUUGGAAGCUGCCAGGGUUCCCUAAUAGGAUGGUGCUGGGCCGCACUCAUAUCAAGGAUGUGGCUUCCAAGAGGAAAGUGGAACUCAACAGCUAUGUCCACAACCUAAUGAGGAGCUCCACAGAGGUCACCCAGUGUGACCUCAUAUACACGUUCUUUCAUCCCAUUGCGAGAGAUGACAAAACGGAAGGGUUCGAGGCCACACCCAAAGCACUAGAGCCACCACCAUUGAGUCCCACCUCAGGGAGAGUGGAAGGGGAGGUGAAGCUGUCCGUGUCCUACAGGAACAGCACUCUCUUCAUCAUGGUCAUGCACAUUAAAGACCUGGUCUCUGAAGAUGGAACGGACCCUAACCCCUAUGUGAAGACCUACCUGCUUCCAGACCCACACAAGACUUCCAAACGCAAGACAAAGAUCUCCAGAAAGACAAGGAAUCCCACUUUCAAUGAAAUGCUGGUGUACAGCGGCUACAGCAAGGAGUCGCUGGGUCUGCGGGAGCUCCAACUGAGCGUGCUCAGUGCAGAGUCUCUGAGAGAGAACUGCUACCUGGGCGGCGUCACGCUCAAAGUCAAAGACUUUGACCUCACCAAGGAGACGGUCAAGUGGUACAAGCUGACCGCCGUCCCCUACUUCUAGACUCCACUUGGGAACAACCAUGGCUAUUGUGUCUCUGAGCACUCCCAGCUCCUACACCCAUAUGUGGGCAACGGAUCAGGCCGGAUGACCCCUUCCCCAGUGGGGAGCUUCAAAACCUCCACUCCCUUCUAGCCUCACCUUACUUCUUACAGUCUCCCUCCCUCUCUCUCUCUGUCCGUUUCACUAAUCAAGGUUGUUUCUGUGUAAAACAGUCUCCACUUAUUUUUCUGUUCUUAAACUAUAACAGAGAGCUGUAAUGUUUUGUACAUUUUGAAAUUAGAGGACCAAAAUGGCUUACUUUCAGAAGAGUAUAUACGGACUGACAAGUUUAUUUUUUAAAAAGGGGCUAAAAAUGUUUUACAUUUUACUUUUUCUACUUAGAUACAUAGAAAGCUUCUGGGUUUCCUACUAAACCGAGAAGUCGAGGUAGCAGUGAGUGUUCUGAAAACCACCUAUGAAAAGAAAAAGAAAUACCUGACCUUAUGUUUCCCAAUCAUGUGCCAAAACAUGGUGGCAAACCACUGUCCCAUCAGAAGAACUGAAUAGGGAGCCUUGUUUGGGCUCACAACCAUCUUUGCUCCACUUAGUAUUGCAAUAUAGUUUAUGAAUUUUGGGACAUCCCAACUCAAAUGAAAAUUGAUAUCAUGUGAAGAGAUGUCAGCUGUUCUUCCAGUACGAGUCUGAUAGUGGACCAGAAUGAGGUGUUGUAGAAUGGUGAACUAGUGCACACUACCAAGUGUUUUCAAUGUUAUUCUACUUGAGUCUUUUCACAGCACACUUUUUAGAGAUUUGUAUCAUCUACACCCUUGCCUGUGCAUUUCAUAGCAUAUGACAAAGUUGCCUUUUAAUACUGGUCUUAACUCUACCUGGUAAUAACUACAAAUCAGCUAAGUGACUGUGGGAUACAGCAAGCUGAUCUUAGAACUUCAUGAUCUCAAGCUGUCAACAAAAAAGGGAAUAAACUCCAGAGAUGUGUUACUGCUUCUCGGCUAACUACCAAUCUUAAGAAAUAAAGAAUUUGUAUGGGUUUUAAAGAGAAUGUCAAGAAGUACAAUGAUAUGCAUCACUCACACAUUAUGAAUAGUGACUUGAUCCACUGUUUUAGUGACUGUAAAAAGACAAACAAUCUGAGUUCGUAAUAACCUGACCAGUUAUUUAUUCUUAAUUGGUGACUUAACCUGAAUGGAUCAGUGUGUACUGUAAUACUUUUCAUCAAACGAAUUAAAUGUUUUUUUGAACAAUG